AUGCGCGGCAUGCGCCACGGCUACGGUAUUCGCAAGAGCGCCCCCUUCGGCAAGGCGUCCAAGUACCGAGCCAACCGCACGUUGCGCGCCUCGCUCACCUCGCUACGCAGCGACGAACCGAGCGGCGCAGGCGCGAAUGCCGAGCUAGCCGACAAGCGGGAUCGGCGCGUCGACGAUUCCCGAGGCGGGUUCGUGCUGAAGGGUCUAAAAUUGAAGAAACAACGAAGCACCGGCGAUCUGGAGAAGAGAGGCGGCUCCGGCAGCAUCCGAUCUACAGGGUCUUCGGCGUCCUGGGUCAGCACCGAUUCUGCGCAGUCGGGCGUCACGAAUGCGUCCAUACCGUCCGAUUCCAAUGCUAGUUUCGUUAUAGAGGUAUUGAACCAGCGCUAUUAUUAUCCAUCACGCUCUGAACUCUAA